AAGUACCAUGGAAAAUGUUGAAGUGUUGUACGGUCAGGUCAUGGUAUGAGAUUGGGUAAGGUGACAAAGUCAUGACUACAAUACAUCACCUAAUCCCAACACUAACUAUAGAUUUUGACUCCGCCGAUAUACAUCUUGUUUUUUUUGGUAAGCUGCAUACACACUCGUUAAAACAGACUUAAUCAUCAUUAUCAGUUCAAAAUAAGAAGUAGCUAGUACUACUACAAGGCGUGUCUUAAUUUUUGUUAGAUUCGUUCUUAAUUAUAUAUUUGUACUAAUAAUAUACCUUUUCUCACGUUUUUGACUCAAUUUUUCUUUCUUUUUUUUUCAAUGAGAUAUACACAUUUAUUAGUAAGCCCCUCAUGACACAUCAAAUUUUCUCUCUACAUAUAGCACAGCGAGGAUUGAGCAAUACUCAACUUUCUUUUUUUCUCAUUCUAUACUCUCUUCCUCUCUGUGUCAAGCUGUUUUCUCUCUGUCCUUUCGAGGUACAAAAGACAAAAAAAAUAAAAUAAAAAAUAAUGGGAGAUAAACUGAACAAUGAACAAAUUGUUGAAUUGCAAGAAGCCUUCAGUCUAUUUGACAGAGAUGGAGAUGGUUGCAUAACGGUAGAAGAAUUAGCAACAGUGAUAAGGUCAUUGGAUCAAAAUCCAACAGAGGAAGAGCUGCAGGAUAUGAUCACUGAAGUUGAUUCUGAUGGCAACGGUACCAUUGAAUUUACUGAAUUCUUGAACCUUAUGGCCAAGAAAAUGAAGGACACUGAUGCCGAGGAAGAACUUAGAGAGGCUUUCAAGGUGUUUGACAAAGAUCAAAAUGGUUACAUAUCUGCUAACGAGCUCAGGCAUGUGAUGAUUAAUCUUGGAGAGAAAUUAACCGAUGAAGAAGUUGAGCAGAUGAUUAGAGAAGCAGAUUUGGAUGGUGAUGGCCAAGUCAACUUUGAUGAAUUUGUUAAAAUGAUGAUGAACGUUGGAUAGAAAUUAAUUAGAAGCUCUAAAUAAUUAAUUAUAUUCAUAAUUUCCUUCUUUAAUUUAUUCUUUUAUCAUCAGUCUCCCUGUUGUUCUUCUACAUUACUAGUAUGUGUUUAAUUUUUGUAAACUAGUUGCUGUAACAACCAAGAAAUCGUAGGAUGUCUGAUUAUUAUUAUUA